AUGGGUAACCUGCUAAAAGUCCUAACAAGGGAAAUAGAGAACUAUCCACACUUUUUCCUGGACUUUGAAAGUAAGUCUGUCUGGCGAGUGAAACGAAAAACGGGAGAGAGGAGGGAGAAAGGUGGAGGUGAAGCCUCCUCGGCUGUUUCCUCUCCGCUCUUCAGGCCAAACCAAAUGGGGAACCUGUUAAAAGUGCUCACUUGCACAGAGCUCGAACAGGGGCCAAACUUUUUCCUUGACUUUGAAAAUGCACAGCCGACAGAUGGAGAGCGCGAGGUGUGGAACCAGGUGAACUCUGUCCUCCAGGAGUCAGAGAGUAUCCUGACUGGUUUGCAGUCGUACAAAGGGGCGGGGCAGGAGAUCAGAGAUGCUAUUCAAAACCCGAGCAACAUGACACAGCAGGAGCGGGCCUGGGACGCCGUCUGCCCCCUGGUCAUCAAGCUCAAGAAGUUCUACAGUUUCUCUCUCAAACUAGAGUUCCUGUUCAGAAACACCAAGGAGGCUUUGCAGAGUCUGUUGGAGUCUCUGACGUGCCCACCACUCACACCCACCCAGCACCUGGAGAGGGAGCAGGCACUGGCCAAACAGUUUGCUGAAAUCCUCCACUUCACCCUGCGUUUUGAUGAACUCAAGAUGAGGAUUCCCGCCAUCCAAAACGACUUCAGCUAUUACAGAAGGACCAUUAGUCGAAACCGUAUAAACAACAUGAAUCUGGACAUUGAGAGCGAGGUGAACAAUGAGAUGGCCAACAGGAUGUCUCUGUUCUACGCUGAGGCCACACCCAUGUUGAAAACACUCAGCACUGCAACCACAAACUUUGUGGCGGAGAACAAGACGCUUCCACUGGAGAACACGACAGAUUGCCUCAGCACCAUGGCCAGUGUGUGUAAGGUCAUGUUGGAGACACCGGAAUACUCAAGUCGCUUCAGCAGUGAGGACACAGUCUUGUUUUGCAUGAGGGUGAUGGUGGGAGUCAUUAUUCUUUACGACCACGUCCACCCCAACGGUGCCUUCAACAAAUCCUCCAAGAUAGACAUGAAAGGCUGCAUCAAGGUCCUGAAGGACCAGCCUGCAGACAAUGUCGAGGGCCUCUUGAACGCACUCAAAUUCACCACAAAACACCUGAACGACGAGUCCACUCCAAAGAACAUCCGGACUAUGCUCCAGUAA